CCAUUAAAUAAUAUAUCCAUUCAUUCAUUUUCCUUUAUGAUUAGAACACUUAUGUUUCCCUGUUCAUCUAACUACAUUGUCUUUGUCCUCAUCCCUAUAUAUGGCAACAAAUACCAAUAGAAUGGCCCUGAUUGCUGCUGAUGAUGUUGAUAAUCAUAAGGAUAAUGGAGCACCAAGAAAGCCUGAGGGAAAACAGAAAGCCAUGUUAGUUUGUUUCAUUCUGGGACUUGGCUCACUUGUUUCAUGGAACAGCAUGUUGACCAUUGCAGAUUACUAUUACACAUUGUUCCCUAAAUAUCAUCCUUCAAGGGUACUUACCCUGGUUUAUCAACCAUUUGCACUUGGAACAAUAGCAAUAAUGACAUGGAACGAGUCGAAGAUCAAUACUAGAAUGCGUAAUUUGGCAGGAUACAGUCUUUUCUCUGCCAGCACCUUUUUAGUUCUUGUUUUGGAUCUAGCAACAGGAGGGAAAGGUGGUAUUGCACAUUUCAUUGGUUUAUGUGUGCUUUCUGCUUGUUUUGGAUUAGCAGAUGGUCUUGUCCAGGGUGGAAUGGUUGGAGACCUCAGUUUUAUGUGCCCUGAGUUUAUCCAGUCUUUCCUUGCUGGUUUAGCUGCAUCAGGAGCUUUGAUUUCUUUACUUAGAGUGCUCACCAAGCUAGCAUUUGAUAAAUCUCAUGAUGGACUUCGCAAAGGAGCUAUUCUAUUCCUUGCUUGCUCCACAUUCAUUGAGUUUGUGUGUAUUUUUCUAUACGCAUUCUGCUUCCCUAAAUUGCCAAUUGUGAAAUACUACCGGUCGAAGGCAGCCGCCGAGGGAUCGAAAACUGUUUCGGCUGAUCUUGCUGCUGUUGGCCUUAACACAAAGCCAAAUGAUGAUCAAGGUGCUGAUGAUGAUUCCAAACAAGUAGAAAGGAUGAGCAUCAAAGAGUUGUUGCUAAAGAACCUUGACUAUGCAGUUGAUUUAUUACUUAUAUAUGUAAUAACACUGUCAAUAUUCCCUGGAUUCUUGUAUGAGAAUACAGGAACACAUCAAUUAGGCACAUGGUAUCCAAUUGUUUUGAUUGCAAUGUAUAAUGUGCUGGAUCUGAUAUCAAGAUACAUACCUUUGGUGAAAUGGCUCAAGUUGGAAUCCAGAAAGGGAAUAUUCAUAGCAGUAGUCUUGAGAUUCUUGCUGAUCCCAGCAUUCUACUUUACAGCAAAAUAUGCAGACCAGGGAUGGAUGAUCCUACUCACCUCAUUCUUGGGACUCACCAAUGGCUAUCUCACAGUUUGUGUUCUUACUUUGGCACCAAAAGGUUACAAGGGUCCAGAGCAGAAUGCAUUAGGCAAUUUACUUGUGGCGUGUCUCUUAGGAGGAAUAUUUGCUGGGGUUGUUCUUGAUUGGUUGUGGUUAAUUGGUCAUGGUAAUUGGUAAAUUCUAAAAGUUCACCUUAUUCUGU